AUUGACUAGCAGCUCAACAGCCAAAAAAAGCCUCACAAGGACAACUUCAAAUCGCCUUUCCUAAUCCGAAUUGAAAUGGCUGGCGAAGAUUUUUUAAUGUUGGAAAGCUACUUUAACAGCGACUCUGGAUUUGACUCAGACGACGCAGAUUUUGAUGAGCUGGACUGCUCUGAUCCUUUGGCCAUGAGCAGCAGAUGUGACCUGCACAAAGGAAUCCGUAUCGAGGUCACCAAGGAGCCUCUUAGCAUGCGCAGUGUUGCUAACGUUGUAAUCGCUCUGCAGAGGCUGAAGCACACUCAACAUGUUCAGUCCACAGAGUUCACUGACCAGGACCUCUUCACUAUCUUCAUGGAGAAUGUGAUUGAAGAGAGCAUAGCGAUCGAUCUGAAGUGUAGUGAAUCCAAGAGUUACAGCAUGCAGGACAAGACUGUGCAGUGCACAAUAUGCGACAAGUCUAAAAGGGCCUUGGUGCGAAGAGACAAGCUUCCUAUACUGCUGGCCAUUACUCUGAAAGGUGGAAAUGAGGAGAAUAAAGCAUGGUUCAAUCUCUCAGCCUACAACCCACCAAACUGCAGAGGAAACGCAAAAGGCCAGCCUGUGUGUUUGGGGAUUGUGAAGAGCAACCUGUAUCUGUCAUGUACAAUGCAGAAUGAUACUCCUUUUUUAGGCAUAGAGGAGGUAAAAGACAAAGAGAGCCUAAAGACCAUCAAGGAGAACGAUGGAAUGGAGCGCUUCCUGUUCUUGAGAAACGGACCCGGUGACUCCCUGAACACCUUCGAGUCGGUGAAAUACCCGGGCUGGUUCAUCACCACGUCCAAGGACGACUUUAAGCCAGUGGAAAUGACUAAUCAGCAAACCAGCCACCUGCAGUUGUUCACGCUCCAUGAUGAGACAGUAGUCUCUCAGAAUUACCUGGGUCAGCCCCAUCUUAUCUGCCCGUUUUACGGUCUUGGAAGUGUACACGUCCUCAAGAGGUGGCAGAUUGAAGUAAUUGUCAGUGGAGUAAAUGGUAUUCUGCAACCACCUGCAGUGUGUCUGGGUGGCUAUGUGUCCUAUAUGCCUAUUUAUUUAUUUUUAGAAAUGGCUGACAAAGAUUUGUUAACUCUGGAAAGCUACUUUAACAGCGACUGUGGAUUUGACUCAGACGACGCAGAUUUUGAUGAGCUGGACUGCUCUGAUCCUUUGGCCAUGAGCAGCAGAUGUGACCUGCACAAAGGAAUCCGUAUCGAGGUCACCAAGGAGCCUCUUAGCAUGCGCAGUGUUGCUAACGUUGUAAUCGCUCUGCAGAGGCUGAAGCACACUCAACAUGUUCAGUCCACAGAGUUCACUGACCAGGACCUCUUCACUAUCUUCAUGGAGAAUGUGAUUGAAGAGAGCAUAGCGAUCGAUCUGAAGUGUAGUGAAUCCCAGAGUUACAGCAUGCAGGACAAGACUGUGCAGUGCACAAUAUGCGACAAGUCUAAAAGGGCCUUGGUGCAGAAGGAAAAGACUCCCAUUCUGCUGGCCAUUACUCUGAAAGGUGGAAAUGAGGAGAAUAAAGCAUGGUUCAAUCUCUCAGCCUACAACCCACCAAACUGCAGAGAAAACACAAAAGGCCAGCCUGUGUGUUUGGGGAUUGUGAAGAGCAACCUGUUUCUGUCAUGUACAAUGCAGAAUGAAAGUCCUUUUCUCGGCUUAGAGGAGGUAAAAGACAAAGAGAGCCUAAAGACCAUCAAGGAGAAUGAUGGAAUGGAGCGCUUCCUGUUCUUGAGAAACGGACCUGGUGACUCCCUGAACACCUUCGAGUCGGUGAAAUACCCGGGCUGGUUCAUCACCACGUCCAAGGACGACUUUAAGCCAGUGCAAAUGACUAAUCAGCAAACCAGCCACCUGCAGUUGUUCACGCUCCAUGAUGAGACAGUAGUCUCUCAGAAUUAGUUCUCAUUCAGAAAAACAGUUUCCAGAAAGUAUGUACUAAGUACUGAGUAUAAAUCUGGAGGCUCAUUUUAUGUUUAAGUUUAUCUCAGCUUGAGAUACCUGACUGUCUUGUGAUUGUUGGUGGGUUCACAAAAAUCACUAUAUGAGUUA